AUGUUAUUGUUAGCGAAAGCGAGCGAAAGCAAGCGAAAGCACGCGCUUACUAUUCGUAACAGGACAGUCCGCGUGAUGCGUUGUUAUGGUAACCUUUGCUUGAAGGCUCAAAUCCUUACAAUCAUUAGACAAGCAGUCACUAGAACAUCGAAAAUGGAGAAAGAAGAACAUGCUAUGGAAUUUACAGAAAACGCAAGUGCGGAUGGAAUAGUUGACAGUGUAAAGAAAUUUCUUGAAAGUGGUUGCAAAUGCUCACGUGGUCCGAAGGAUGGCCCCUGCUCAUCGCAGUUUACGGAAGAAGAAGUUAUGGCAAAUUUGAACAACUGCCUCGAACUGUCAUCUUGGCAAACAUACAAGCUGUAA